AUGUUGUCACUUCUUACACUGUGUCUCUCCCUUGCAGCUGUUACAUUCGCUGGCCAAUGCCACUUCAAGCUUGAGCUGACCUUUGGGCCCGGAUUCCCAGAUGGUUACGAAAGGAACCAGAUCUUCAUCAAUGGGCAGUACCCGGGUCCACUGCUAGAGAUACAGCAGGAUGAUUGGGUAGAGAUUGAGGUCUUGAACAGCAUCCAUCAAACAAACACACCCUGGGCUGACGGUGUUCCUGGUCUGACACAGCGGCCAAUCCAACCUGGCGAGACUUUCAAGUACAGGUGGCACGCCGAUCAAUACGGCAGCUAUUUCUAUCAUGCCCACAGCCGCGGUCAGAUCGACGACGGCGCCUACGGUCCAAUCACCAUCAAGCCCAAGGCCGGCAUUGCUAAGCCCUUCGACAAGAUUGCCCCUGCAGAGGUUGACCUGCUCAAGGAAGCUGAAGCCAACGUAGCUCCCCUCCUGUUGUCUGAUUGGCGCCACCGAACGUCAGAGGAGACAUGGACAGACCAACUCGCUUCAGGCCUCGAAAGUGCCAUCUGCAUGGACUCACUGCUCGUGAACGGCAAAGGUGCUGUAGACUGCUGGUCACGGGAGGAGAUCACUCAGUUCACCAACCCAGGCAUUGCGCCAGUACUAACGCAAGGCAACCUGGAACUGACCGACAAGGGGUGCUUCCCACCAGCUCUGUUUCAAAUCCUUCUUGGCAACAGCUCGACCAUCAACUCUUCAGCUCUUCCCCCAUCAGUCUUCGAGAUAUGUACACCCACACAAGGCAGUCGCGAAACCAUCAAAGCCCCUCGUGACAGGAAAUGGCUGGCUCUGGACGUCAUCUCAUCUGCAGGCAUCGAUACCUUUGCCUUCAGCAUCGACGAGCAUUCACUGUGGGUCUAUGCCGUAGAUGGGCACUACGUCGAGCCCGUGAAGGUUGACGUUCUGACGGUCGCAAACGGGGACCGGUACUCUGUCUUCAUCGAGCUCACCAACCCCGGCAACAAAAACAACUUCGGCAUCCGCGUAGCCUCGCUCGCUCUGGCACAACUCAUCGAUACCACUGCACUCUUCACAUAUUCCAGCGAGGACAAGCAGAGUUACAGCACUAACCACGGCCCCUACACGAAUACCACCAGCUUGGCACUGGCAUCCACACCUUAUACCAACCGCGCCGGCCUCCCACUAUCUCCAAAUACCACAGUGCUCGACCACGCCAGCACAACGCCCUUCCCCCCACAAUUCCCACAACCCGCACCCUCACCAGCACAAACCUUCUUCCUCACAAGCGGAAACGUAGGGAAUAGCUACACCUGGGCGCUCAACGCGACCCCAUUCUCACACAUGGCUCUCGAAAACGCGGUACCGCUUCUGUACUCUCCUCCGACGCUGGAAAACGGGGAUGGAAACAUCACCAUAGUGACGCAGAACAACACCUGGGUCGACCUCAUCUUCCUCAUCCCGAAUCUGAGCCAGCCGCCUCACCCAAUCCACAAACACGGCAACAGAGCGUUCAUCCUCGGCACAGGCGUCGGCCCCUUCCCCGGGCAUACCGUCGCAGAAGCAGCAGCCGCGCAACCUGAGAGCUUUAAUUUGGUGAAUCCUAGCUACAGGGAUGGUUUCGUGACGCCGCCGAGUGAAGAUAAACCGACGUGGCUGGCGGUAAGGUAUAAGGUGGAGAAUCCGGGGGCGUGGCUGUUGCAUUGUCAUAUUCAGAGUCAUUUGAAUGGGGGGAUGGCUGUGGUGAUUUUGGAUGGGGUGGAUGAGUGGCCCGAGGUACAUGCUCAGUAUCAAAAUUAG